AUGGCCAGUCACCUGACACCUGCUGUUUACGCCAAGCUGUGUGACAAAUCCACGCUGAAAGGUUACACUUUGGACCAAGCCAUCCAAACAGGCGUGGACAACCCAGGCCACCCUUUUGAAAUAUCAGUAGGCAUGGUAGCAGGAGAUGAAGAGUCAUACGAGGUCUUUGCUGACAUCUAUAACCCAGUCAUCAAAGAAAGGCACAAUGGAUAUGACCCCAGCACCAUGAAACAACAAACUGACCUGGAUGCUAGUAAGAUAAGGGGCGGAGAGUUCGAUGAGAAGUACGUGUUAUCAUCUCGAGUCAGGACAGGCAGGAGUAUCCGGGGCUUGAGUUUGCCUCCAGCCUGCACCCGUGCUGAACGCAGAGAGGUGGAGAGAGUUGUGAUCGAUGCCUUGACUGGACUACGUGGAGAUUUGGCAGGAAAAUACUACAGCCUCUGUCAAAUGACUGACAAGGAGCAGCAACAGCUUAUUGAUGAUCACUUCCUUUUCAAUAAACCCGUGUCGCCCCUGAUGACAUGUGCAGGUAUGGCACGUGAUUGGCCUGAUGCAAGAGGCAUCUGGCAUAACAAUGAGAAAACCUUCCUGGUGUGGAUUAAUGAGGAAGACCACACCCGUGUGAUCUCUAUGGAGAAGGGGGGCAACAUGAAGAGGGUAUUUGAGCGUUUCUGCAGAGGACUCCAAGAAGUUGAGAAAUUGAUUCAGGAGAAAGGUUGGAAAUUCAUGUGGAACGAACGACUGGGUUACAUCCUCACCUGCCCAUCAAACCUGGGUACAGCGCUACGCACUAGCGUCCACGUUACCCUUCCACACCUCGGCAAGGACCCUCGUUUUGAUAAAAUACUGGAUAACCUGCAGCUCCAGAAGAGAGGUACUGGGGGAGAAGACACAGCAGUUAUUAGAAACACUUUUGAUAUUUCUAAUCUAUACAGGAUCGGCCAAUCAGAGGUUCAACUGGUUCAGACUGUUAUUGAUGGAGUGAACUAUCUUAUUGAGUGUGAGAAGAGACUGGAGAAAGGCCAGGACAUCACAAUCCCCGUCCCCAUCAGACAGUUCAAAUAGACUGACCAAUCUGAAACUGAC